ACCAUGGAGGUCAUGAUAUUUCCCUUGAAAAAGGAAAGAUCUUCUCUUCAUUGGUUACCAACAACUAUCAACUACCCAACGGCCGAAGCCGAAAAAGGAAAAAACUAAAAUAAAAUUAAAAAAAAAAAGUGGCGGAUUUUUCGAAGCUGCAAAUAUCAACAUUGCAAUUGCGGAGUUCGUUGUGGAGAUCAGAAAAUUCACUCAUUUCGCCAUUAUCAAUUGUACACACUCUAAACUGGGUUGAUUGAUGUCCAAUUGAUGCAAUUUCUCCAAAUCUGAUUCAAAAUUUGGAGGUAAACUGUAGCUCUUAACUAAUUUCUUAAAACACCCUUUUAUUUUUCUGUUGUUAUAAUCCUGAAAAUGGACAUAUCGUUGCCACUGGAUCAGCUAAGGAGCACCUGUAAGUAUGUUGCUUUCUUGAAAAACCCACAAGUUUUAAAGGAAAGAUUUCAUCUUUAUGGGCAUUGCUCUUUAUUCAGUAAGAAAAGGUACAAAAAUGCGUUUUUUAAGAUCAAAGGCUCACUUUCUGAACAUAGGUUUAUAAAGCCAAGACCAAUGUUAAAACCUUCAAAAAAGGAGGAAAAUUUGAUUGAAGAAAAAGUGACCCAAAAUGAGGAUUCUUCAAGUUCAGGGAUUAGUGCACAAAUAGAGAAGUUAGUUUUUCAUAAAAGGUAUCACGAGGCGCUUGAUUUUUUCGAGCUGUUAGAAUGUGAAGGUGGUUGUCAGUUAGGUAGUAGCACUUAUGAUGCUUUGAUUACUGCUUGUAUUGGGUUAAGGUCAAUCAGAGGUGUUAAAAGGGUGCAUAAUCAUAUGGUUAGUUCAGGAUUGGUAUUAGACCAGUAUUUAUGGAAUAGGGUGUUGUCUAUGCAUGUGAAAUGUAAGAUGAUGUUAGAUGCACGUAUGAUAUUCGAUGAAAUGCCCGAGAGGAACUCGAUUUCUUGGAAUACGAUGAUUGGUGGGCUAGUGGAUUUAGGGGAUUAUGUAGAGGCGUUUAGGUUGUUUUUCGUGAUGCUGGAGGAGGAAGAGGAGGAGUUCUCUGGUUCUGAUUCUCGGAUAUAUGCCACGAUGAUUAGAGCAUCUUCUGGUUUAGAGGUUAUUUCUUUGGGACAGCAGUUGCAUUGUUGUGCUUUGAAAAUGGGGGAAGACGAUAAUGUUUUCAUGUCUUGUGCUUUAAUUGAUAUGUACAGCAAGUGCGGUAGCAUAGAGGAUGCUCAGUUUGUUUUUGAUCAGAUGCCGGUGAAGACUACAGUAGGGUGGAAUACGAUUAUUGCUGGUUACGCUCUCCAUGGCUAUAGUGAGGAGGCUUUACGUAUGUACUAUGAGAUGCGAGAUGCUGGUGUCAAAAUGGAUCACUUCACAUUUUCAAUCAUUAUCAGAGUUUGCACUAGAUUAGCUUCACUAGAGCAUGCUAAACAAGCUCAUGCUGGGCUAGUUCGACAUGGAUUUGGAUUUGAUAUAGUCGCCAACACAGCACUAGUUGAUUUCUAUAUCAAAUGGGGAAGGAUAGAAGAUGCUCGGAAUGUUUUUGAGAGGAUGCCCAAAAAGAAUGUUAUUUCCUGGAAUGCCUUAAUAGGUGGAUAUGGUAAUCAUGGCCAAGGGAUCGAGGCUGUUGAGCUAUUUGAGCGAAUGGUUUGCGAAGGAAUGAUGCCCAAUCAUGUUACUUUUCUGGCUGUUUUAUCUGCAUGUCGUUAUUCUGGUUUAUCAGAUCGUGGGUGGGAAAUAUUUGAAUCAAUGAGUAGAGAUUACAGUGUGAAGCCUCGAGCAAUGCACUAUGCAUGUAUGAUUGAAUUGUUGGGUAGAGAAGGACUUUUAGAUGAAGCUUUUGCAUUAAUCAGAGAUGCUCCUUUUAGGCCUACUAUUAAUAUGUGGGCGGCGUUACUGACAGCUUGUAGAGUCCACAAGAAUUUUGAGCUUGGAAAAUUUGCAGCUGAGAAACUGUACGGUAUGGAACCAGAAAAACUUAGCAAUUAUGUGAUGCUUUUAAAUAUCUACAACAGUUCCGGCAAGCAAGAAGAAGCUGCUGCAGUUGUUCAAACAUUGACGAGAAAAGGUCUGAGGAUAAAGCCAGCAUGUACAUGGAUAGAAAUAAAGAAGCAGCCACAUGUUUUCCUGUCCGGAGAUAAAUGCCAUGAGCAGACGAAGGAGAUAUAUCAAAAAUUGGAUGAGCUUAUGCUGGAGAUUUCCAAGCAUGGCUAUGUUACAGAGGGAAAAACCUUACUACCCGAUGUAGAUGAACGGGAACAAAAAUUGCCACAUUAUCACAGUGAAAAGUUGGCAAUAUCUUUUGGGCUCAUAAGCACAUCCAGUUCAACCUCACUGCAACUUGUUCAAAGCCAUAGGAUUUGCAACGAUUGUCACAAUGCAAUUAAGUUGAUAGCCAUGAUUACUAAGCGAGAAAUUGUUGUUAGGGAUGCCAGCAGAUUUCAUAGAUUCAAGAAUGGCACUUGUUCUUGUGGUGACUACUGGUGAUUCAGUUCUAACCUAUAUGUGAACCAUACUUUUAUAUGUAAUUCAUUUAUUUUUGCUGAUUCUUCUUUGUUGUUAUGAGAAUCAUCAUAUGGAUAUACCUUGCUGUUGGCAUUGAAGAUCAUUACAAAUUUUGUCAUA